CUGAUGGCAACCGUCUUCGCUGCGUUCGUAAGACGAGCGCGCCAUGGGAGAAGCAACGGCAGAGUUCUACCCACGUGGAAGAUGAUGUCUUUCUAUCCGUUGGAUAUUACAGAGUCCACCAUCCUGAGUGGGCUCACGGAGUACAACCUUAUCGGGAGUGGCGGGGGUGGAAAAGUAUACCGAAUUGUGCUCGAGAACCACGUCGCACAGAUCGUGGCCGUUAAAAAGAUCUGGAACAGUAGGAAGCUUGAUUCCCUACUGCAGAAGGAGUUCCAAUCCGAGGUCCAAAUCCUAGGUUCAAUCCGUCAUGCUAGUAUUGUUAAACUACUUUGCUGCCUCUGGAGAGUCGAUACGAAACUGCUGGUGUACGAGUACAUGGAGAGCGGGAGCCUGGAUCGGUGGCUUCACAAGAAGUGGAGAGUGGGGGAGCAAAUCGAAGAGAUGAACUCUGAUCACAUGUCUUUACUAGAUUGGUCCACCAGGUUGCGGAUUGCUGUCGAUGUGGCACGAGGAUUAUGCUACAUGAACCACGGUUCCUCCCCGCCUAUCGUGCACCGAGAUGUGAAGUCGAGUAACAUAUUAUUAGACUCCGAAUUUAGAGCCAAAGUCGCUGAUUUCGGUCUGGCCAGAAUGCUCGUCAAGCUUGGAGAGGCCAGCACGGCGUCGGCUGUGGCGGGAACAUUCGGUUACAUGGCUCCCGAAUGCGCAUACUCGAGAAAAAUAGAUGAGAAGAUGGAUGUAUAUAGCUUUGGAGUGAUUCUUUUGGAGCUGAUCACCGGAAAGAAAGCAAACGAAGAUGGAGAAUAUGGUAAUCUAGCAGAGUGGGGUUGGCGCUGCUUAUAGAAGGCUGAUAAAAUGAUUGAUGCUAUAGAUCAGGACAUCAAGGAUCCAAAAUAUGUAGAGAAGAUCGUAUUUGUCUUUAAAUUAGGAGUCAUGUGUACGAGCCCAUUGCCUUCGUCAAGACCUACAAGGAAGGAUGUACUCCAAAUCUUACUACAAUAUUGACAUUGACAAGCUGUUGCAGAUGAUACUAUGGUAUGAAUGAAAACAUGACACUAGAGCUCCUGCCACUACAGCGGGUUGUGAGAACAGUUUUCUUGUACGCUGACAGGGCAAUGUGUAAUGAAAGCAUGCACGAUAAGGCAACUUUUUUAAGGGUUUGUAUAUGAGCACGUUAUUCUCCAUGCCAAUU